AUGACUAAACCAGUGAAGCGCCAGACUCACUGCUUCGUGCCCGGAUGCUCUACCGGGUACGUUUCAGCCCGAAAGGCAGGUGUAAAAAGGUCUGUUUUUACCGUACCGAACGAUGAGGACCGGCUGAAAGCAUGGCAGCGGUACAUUCCACGUGGUGACAAACUGCUCGACCGAACUGCAGUCCUGUGCGAGUUACACUUAGAGCAACGGUUUAUUGUGAGAGAUUACACCCACAUCGUGAAUGGUGAAGUUGUGAAGAUUCCUCGUGGCCGCCCAUGCCUUACCGACGAUGCAAUACCGUCGAUCUUCCCAAACACGCCGAGUUAUCUCUCUAAAAAGCUUCCUCAGAAGCGCAGCUCCCGGACAUCGAGAGGAGAAGUGCUCGGCAAAAAAAGAAAAGUGAACGAUGAAAACGAACUUCCUUCGAUUGAGCACGAUUCUUCUUUAGAUGUGACAACGAACGUUGCACGUGUUCCCGGCGCGUCGUGUACAGUGGAAAAACUGGAGCAUAUGAAAGGUGAGAAGCUUCCGAGCCAAUACUGGUCGAUGUGCCUACUUGCGGAUGCCCCGACUGUUGCAAUUACUGUUUGUGCUCAAGAUGGUGAUAGUGUGUGCUUCAAGAAACUGGUGUUGUGCUUUGCUGAGGAUACUUGCUAUCAUUGUGUAGUGUUUGUGCAAGGGAAAAUUGUAAAAAAAGUGGACGUGUUUGAUGUGAAUGCUGUGGAAAGCCUCCUCCACUCCAUCAACGAGAUGGUUGUGUGCUCCGGUUUUGAGCAAGGUGCUAUUCCACUGGAGCGGCUUAACAGUUCCAAUCAACCAAAAUACAGAACGCAUGGAAACAAGUUGUACAGCAAAAGUUGCUCAGGCAUGUCUCAAGAUCAAAGGCCUUGUAUACACUGCAGGUAUCUAAGGAAACUGCUUUUGAACCAAGCAUCCUAUAAGAAGAGAAAAGCUAGAGUGGCUACUGGUUACCGUGCUUCGAAGAAACUACUUAUGCGGGGAAGACAGUUGAGGCGAGAAAAGGCAAAAGUCAGUGAACUAAAGCAAAUGCUUGCGAAAAUGAAGCAAAGUAAUUCUGCCCUCUCUGAAUCAAACCUUCAGGAGAGUCUGUCUAAACUGCCUGAGAAACAGCGGCAGCAGGUACAAACAUGCUUUGAAGCAGCGAAAAGGAAAGGAACACAGGGGAUGAAGUACAGCGAUGAAUGGCUUCUGGACUGCAUUAUAAUGCGCAUGAAAAGCCCAAAGCUGUAUGAGCAUAUUCGAAAGCAUAAAAUAAUGGUCUUGCCCAGCAAGAGUUGUUUGAACAAGUACGUGAGAAAUUAUAAGAGCAACUUUGGGCUGAAUGAUAAUGUUUUUGCUGCCAUCGAAGAAAAAACCAAAAGUAUAGAUGAGUUUCACAGGCACGGAGGUCUCUUAAUUGACGAGCUGAAGCUCUCGGAGAGCCUCAAAGUGACAAGCAGUGGACUCAUCGAAUGUUUCGUUGACUUGGGCAAAUACACUUCUCUAGAUCAAAGCACACAAACGUGUGAUCACGGUCUAGUAGUAUUGUACCAGCCAUUUUCAGGCAACUUUCAGCAAAUCUUAGGGGUUUUCGGCUCCCAUGGAAAUGUCAAGGCAGAUGUGCUUGCAAAAAUCAUUGUCAAUGCAACACUAACUGCCGAGAAGUUUGGGCUUUUUGUGGAUUUUGUGACCACAGAUGGUGCAUCCUGGAACAGGAGUAUGUGGCGACAAUGUGGCAUCAAGGGUUCUUCAAAUGAUGAGAUGGUGAGGGGUUUGUAUGCAUAUAAGGAAGAGAUCGAGAGAGUAUGGGGCGUUGGCUCUAGUGAUGCAACAGUGUCAUUUAUCAGAAGAAUGGCUAGGCUGAUUGCAGCCAUGACUUCCCGCUGCAGCCGUGGUGCCAUGCGUCCCAACUCGCCAGUCCUGGCUGAAGUGGAGGAAUUUAUUGCAUAUCUAGAUGCGUGGGAAGGAAACGUUGGAAAGCUGGGCUUUUUCAGCCAGGGUACUGCAGAAGGGCUUCGCGUUACUCUGAAAAGCACCAUGUCGAUUUUCGAAUAUCUCACAAAAGAGCUUGGUUACAAGUACUUGCUGACAUCCAGACUAAGCCAGGAUCCUCUGGAGAGUGUGUUCGAAAUCUUGCGGCAAAUGUCGGGAAGCAACGACCACCCGACGCCAACCCAGUUUCUGCUUUCGGCAAAUUGUCUGUCGUUCUGCAGCUUGGCGAAGGCACCUGCUAACGGAAAUGUGUCACCGUCAGUGCUGAAGAGCCUCAUACAUGGCAGCCACAAAGACCGGAGAGAGUUCCAGACGAAGCUUGACGAGCUCAUGGACAUAGGGUGUCUCAUUGAAGUACAUGAAAUCCUUGAAUCGUCUGGCAUCCCAACAGAUCACUGCGCAAUGGUUUCGGUAAAAAGCGACUCCCGAGUUAUGCAUUACGUUGCUGGAUAUGUCGCCGGAAGGAUGCUGAGCCAAACCAAGUGCCAUGAAUGUGCAAAAGCUCUUAUCCGACCACGCGAUUCUGAUAUGCCCGCAGAUGCCUGCCUAAUCAGAAAAGUAGACCGGGGUGGGCUGCUCUACCCAUCUGAUGAACUGCAGGCUUUUAUCGAAAACAUGGAAGACUCAUUCGCGCGCUGCUUUAGCUUCAGCAAGCUUGAAGCAAACAGCAUAAUGGACUUCAUUUCUGCGUUGACAAAAAACUAG